AUGGCGUUAUCUAAUUGGUUCAUUCGUGUACGAGCUGGAACCCACUUAAGUUUCUCCUGCACCACGCCGCUACGGAUUCUUGUCAGUUCACAGACUAUCUACGGCCAUCGGCAACAAUUCCUACGGGAAAAAAAGGCUUGGAAGUCUUGGCACAAAUGA